AUGAAGUAUUUCCAGCAGACAGUCGACUUCGACUACUCGUGGGAAGAGGUCUCGACGAGCAACUGGCAGAAAUAUGGCCCUUGGAACGAGAAGACACCGCAUGUCAUCGCCGUUGAUACCUUAAGUCGCUCUGUCGACCCUGCGACAGGAAUCCUUCGCACAGAGCGUCUCAUCACAUGUCGGCAAUCAGCACCGAAAUGGAUCCAAAGCAUCCUCGGCGCCCAAGACACCUCCAUGGUCUAUGAGACUUCCUAUGUCGACCCUGUUGCCAAGAAGCUCACCCUUUGCUCCAUGAACAUGACAAUGUCCGACCUCCUCAACGUCCGCGAGACCUGCAUAUACCAGCCUGUCGCAUCGUCACCCGACACCAAGACUGCUUUCACCCAGCGCGCUGAAAUAACCGCGUUGUGCGGUGGCUGGCAGAAGAUCAAGAACAGUAUUGAGCAGUUUACUGUUGAGCGCUUCCAGCAGAAUGCUGCCAAGGGCAAGGAGGGUUUCGAGAUGGUGCUCGAGCGCGCGAGACAGGUGUUCCAGGAGCAAAGGGAGAUCCUGGAGCUACGACAGGCGCAGCAGGAUAGCAAGAUCCUUAAGCAGGCCAAGAUUUAA